AUGGCAAAGUUCUGCAGAGGUAUAUCACAGUACUGGGAAAGGAUUAACACCGACCCCAAAAAGGAGUCUGUCCCAAUUCACGUCUUAGUGACUGGUGCUGCUGGUCAGAUUGGUUACAACUUGACGUUUCUCAUAGCCAACGGCCUCAUGUUUGGCGAGCAUCAAACGGUGAUAUUGCACUUAUAUGAUGUUAUGGUUGAAAUGAUGGAAGGCGUGAAAAUGGAAUUGACUGACGGGUGUUUCCCAUUAGUGAAAGGAAUAGUGGCGUCCAACAAGACUGAUGUUGCUUUUACGGGCGUUGAAGUGGCCAUUUUAGUUGCUGGUAUGCCACGAAAGGUUGGGAUGGAGCGUAAAGAGCUUAUAAGUAUCAAUACGCGUAUUAUGAAGGAGCAAGCUCUUGCUCUCAAAGCUUACUCGAGUCAUCAAGUGCGAGUUCUUGUCGUUGCCAAUCCAGCAAACACAAAUGCACUUGUCGUCGCAAACAACGCUGGAAUCGAUGUGAAGCAAAUCACGUGUCUGACAAGACUCGACCAGAACAGAGCCAUCGCACAAAUAGCACAGAAGUGUAAUGUACCAAUUGCAACUGUUAAACACGUCUUUGUAUGGGGAAAUCACUCUGAGAAGCAGUGUCCAGAUAUCAGUCAUGCGUACAUCGAGACAAGCGAAGGUGAGAAAAAAGUCGAAGAUCUAGUCGAGGCGUCAUGGCUCGAGUCGUUCAAUAAAAUCGUUCGCGAGCGUGGCUCUAAGGUGAUUGAAGCUCGUAAAGCUUCUUCGGCCGCUUCUGCCGCAAAGGCCAUUGUUGACCAUUUCAAAGAUUGGUGUUUGGGCACAGACACGGAAAAAGUCGUGUGUAUGGGAAUAUACAGCGAAGGACAGUACGACGUCCCAAAAGGAAUUUUCUUUUCAAUGCCAGUUGUGUGUUGUGGUGGAGAGUAUCACGUCGUUGACGACUUAGUAUUAAGUCCUGCGCUCAAAGAGUCGCUCAAAGAGUCAGAAGAAGAACUUAUUGAGGAGAAGAAACUCGAACUUGCCUUCGAAGAAAUAACACAACAGUACCAUGUUCACGACUAA